AUGCCCUCGUCGAAGGACAAAUACACGGAUCCCAAGUUGCGGGAUGAGGUGAAGGAAGAGGUGCAGCAAUCCGAUAAGGGUGGCGCGCCUGGACAAUGGUCUGCUCGCAAGGCUCAGUUUAUGGCCAAAGAGUACAAGAGCAGAGGCGGCGGCUACAAGACCGACAAAAAGGAUCAGGACGAGUCGCAGAAGCAUCUGAGCAAGUGGACAGAAGAAGAGUGGCAGACCAAAGACGGCAGCGGGCAGGCAAAGCAGGACGAUGGCACCCGGAAGCGAUAUCUGCCAAAGAAAGCCUGGGAAACGAUGAAUGAGAAGGAAAAGAACGAAACCGAGGAGAAAAAGCAACAAGGCAGUAAGACAGGCAAGCAGUAUGUGCCGAAUACCUCUCGUGCAAGGUCUGCCAGAAAGAAAGCGAACGACGACGAGGACGAAGCAUUCGAGAAGCAGAAAGAGCAGGAGAAGGACGAGGAAACUGGCAAGCAGACACGGAGUAAGUCACGAAAAGUAGCCCCGGGAGAGAGGCCCAACAGCAAGCAAGAUUCCCCGCCCAAAAAAGCCAGCCGGAAACGUGUUCGCGAUACAGCGACGAAGGGGGAUGCAGAAGGGAAGCCUCCUAGUAAGAAACGGAAAGACAGUAUAGAGUCUGCGGAAGGCAAGAACAAGACCACCGUCAGCGCGAAGCAUGACGGCUCACGUCCACCGGCCAAACGGGGCUCGAAGACGAGAUUGCAGGACAAACACCGGACGGUCCGUUAG